CUGUGGCUCAGGUUAUGACGAGGCUCCGAAGAAAAUGAAAGCAAGGGUUUACUUGGCGUAUGUGCUGGAACAUGCGAAAACGGAUUUCCUCCAGAAAAUUGCCGAUAAUUUUAGUCGAUUCUACAAGAGGACUAUGCGCACAGAACAAGACGGCA